AUUGGUCACCUGCCAGCGAAGCGAACUCAGAAACGAACUGAACCGCCAUGAUGGAGGUUCCCUGCAAAAUUUUAGCAGUUUGUCUGCUGCUCGUCGGCGCUCAGGCGUUCGCCGCCGUUGACGCAGCCAGGAGUUCCAAGGAGCUCACCUGGCAAUCCCUGUUCUUCGAUGCUGUGACUGGAAAUCUGCAGCAGCCGAUGGCCGAUGAGCUCCUCGAAUUCGAGGACUGCACUGCCCUUUACACUGUGGACAACAUCGAGAUCCUGCUGGUGGCUGGCUACAAGAUUCGUCGCUGCGGCAACUUGGAGUCUAAGGAUAUUGAAAGAUAUUUGGAACGCCAGGAUGCCGUCUACACGAAACGCAAUUUCGAAAGGGAGUUGGUCAACUGUGCACUUCGCGAAUCGCACCAUGACAACCGGCAAUGCUACGUGGAUACCGUUCUGAAUCUAUUCAGCUCGGUGCGUCCUUACCGCUACGAUCGUCGCCGCCGCAAUGCCUGCAUUUUCCGCGAAGUGGAAAAGGCAGUGAUCAAGCUGAAUGCAGCUUCCAUCUCUCUGGCCAAUUGCAUCGCCCAGAGUCAGCCUCAACCACUGCCGCCACAGAACAGCACUUUGCCACCACCGCCUCAAAACACCACAGCCGGCGGACCAGGAUGGAACACCACUGCGUUCCCCAACACCAACACCACUCCAAACUUCACCCUCACCACUGUCUCUCCGAACUGGAAUACCACUGCCGACGGUCCAUGGUGGGGCAAUAACUCUACACAAGGUCCCUGGUGGGGAAACACCACCACUCAAGGUCCAUGGUGGGGAAACACCACCACUCAAGGUCCAUGGUGGGGAAACAACUCAACGGAAGGUCCAUGGUGGGGAAAUAACUCUACUCAAGGUCCAUGGUGGGGAAACAACUCAACUGAAGGUCCAUGGUGGGGAAACAACUCUACUCAAGGUCCAUGGUGGGGAAACAACUCAACUGAAGGUCCCUGGUGGGGAAACAACUCAACUGAAGGUCCAUGGUGGGGAAACAACUCUACUCAAGGUCCAUGGUGGGGAAACAACUCAACUGAAGGUCCAUGGUGGGGAAACAAUUCAACUGAAGGUCCAUGGUGGGGAAACAACUCUACUCAAGGUCCAUGGUGGGGAAACAACUCGACGGAUGGUCCAUGGUGGGGAAACAACUCUACUCAAGGUCCCUGGUGGGGAAACAACUCUACUCAAGGUCCAUGGUGGGGAAACAACUCAACUGAAGGUCCAUGGUGGGGAAACAAUUCAACUGAAGGUCCAUGGUGGGAAAACAACUCUACUCAAGGUCCAUGGUGGGGAAACAACUCAACUGAAGGUCCCUGGUGGGGAAACAACUCUACUCAAGGUCCAUGGUGGGGAAACAACUCAACUGAAGGUCCCUGGUGGGGAAACAACUCGACGGAAGGUCCAUGGUGGGGAAACAACUCAACCGAAGGUCCAUGGUGGGGAAACAACUCAACUCAAGGUCCAUGGUGGGGAAACAACUCAACUCAAGGUCCAUGGUGGGGAAACAACUCUACCGAAGGUCCAUGGUGGGGCAAUAACUCUACUCAAGGUCCAUGGUGGGGAAACAACUCAACUGAAGGUCCCUGGUGGGGAAACAACUCUACUCAAGGUCCAUGGUGGGGAAACAACUCAACUGAAGGUCCCUGGUGGGGAAACAACUCGACGGAAGGUCCAUGGUGGGGAAACAACUCAACCGAAGGUCCAUGGUGGGGAAACAACUCAACUCAAGGUCCAUGGUGGGGAAACAACUCUACCGAAGGUCCAUGGUGGGGCAAUAACUCUACUCAAGGUCCAUGGUGGGGAAACAACUCUACCGAAGGUCCAUGGUGGGGCAAUAACUCUACUCAAGGUCCAUGGUGGGGAAACAACUCAACCGAAGGUCCAUGGUGGGGAAACAACUCUACUCAAGGUCCAUGGUGGGGAAACAACUCAACUGAAGGUCCAUGGUGGGGCAAUAACUCCACUGCGGGACCCAACUGGAACAGCACCACCCUUGGCCCCAACUUCAACUCCACUCAAGGUCCAUGGCUCGGCAACUCAACCCAGGGACCCCAGAACACUACCGAAGGACCUUGGUGGAACAACACCACCGCCAGUUGGAACACUACAACCGUUGACGACCGCUCCACCACCGAGGGCAAUUGGUUCGACCACCUGAUGAACGAGAUUGGAUCCCUCUUCUAGAAUCAAAAAGCCAGGAAAAGCACACCUAAACUGUUAGGGGAUAUGGUCAGUGGCCUAAGCUUUAGGCCACCAAAUAAAUAAACUUAUCAGCAUUGAAAA